UGAGAGAGAACUGGAAGAGACGCAAGAGAAUAGUCUAGAAGAACUCUACAAAGGGAGACUCUGUUGAGAUGGGAAGGCCAAGGUGCUUUCUUGACAUUAGCAUAGGAGAAGAACUUGAAGGCCGGAUAGUGGUGGAGCUUUACAAUGAUGUGGUGCCUAAAACCGCCGAGAAUUUCAGAGCUCUCUGUACUGGUGAGAAGGGCAUUGGACCAAACACUGGUGCUCCUCUCCAUUACAAGGGAGUUCGUUUUCAUCGUGUUGUCAAAGGUUUUAUGAUUCAAGGGGGUGAUAUUUCUGCUGGAGAUGGUACUGGGGGAGAAUCUAUAUAUGGAUUGAAAUUUGAGGAUGAAAAUUUUGAAUUGAAACACGAAAGGAAAGGCAUGUUAUCGAUGGCUAAUUCUGGUCAGGACACCAAUGGGUCUCAGUUUUUCAUCACAACAACUCGCACUUCUCAUCUAGAUGGGAAACAUGUUGUUUUUGGGAAGGUAGUUAAAGGAAUGGGAGUUGUCCGUUCAAUUGAGCACAUAACCACUGCUGAGAGUGAUUGUCCCAAUGUUGAUGUUAUAAUUGCGGAUUGUGGAGAAAUUCCUGAGGGGGAAGAUGACGGAGUUUCUAAUCUUUUCAAAGAUGGUGAUAUUUAUCCUGAUUGGCCAGCUGAUAUUGAUGAGAGUCCUAUUGAUCUUUCUUGGUGGAUGACCUCUGUAGAGUCAAUUAAGGCUUUUGGUAAUGAAUAUUAUAAGAAACAAGACUAUAAGAUGGCUCUUAAAAAGUACCGAAAGUCUUUACGCUAUCUGGAUAUUUGCUGGGAGAAAGAUGGAAUUGAUGAAGAGAGGAGUUCAAGUUUGAGAAAGACCAAGUCACAGAUUUUCACAAACAGCUCUGCUUGUAAAUUGAAGUUGGGGGACCUGAAAGGAGCACUGUUAGACACCGACUUUGCAAUGAGGGAUGGAGAAGAUAAUGUUAAGGCUUUGUUUCGCCAGGGUCAGGCAUACAUGGCGCUUAAUGAUAUUGAUGCUGCAGUUGAAAGCUUCAAAAGGGCAUUGGAUCUGGAGCCAACUGAUGCUGGAAUAAAGAAGGAGCUUGCCGCUGCAAAGAAGAAGAUUUCUGAUAGACGUGAUAAGGAGAAGAAGGCCUACAGCAAGAUGUUCCAAAAGUAGCACUUAGGCAGUCAACUGGCUGCCUUUACCUUGAAUUUACAAAUGCUUUGGAGUCCAAUCAUACCUAGUGUCAACUGGUUCAGACUUAUUUUGUCACAAGCCCUGAUUUUCUGGACGGAAAAUCAGGUCGCUCCAGAUCAUAGGAGAAUAAGUCUGAUCCUGGCAAGAAAAUUUACCUGUAAAGAAUUAAAGCUUGAAGCUCAUCUAAUUGAACUUCUCCCCUCUUUUGUUUUUCUUUUUCCUAGCAAGACAGCUUUACUAUUUGGAACUUGCAAAAAGCCAAUGAGUUGUAACUUGAUCAAACGUUAAACCAAACAAUUUUGUCCUGUUACAUGCUGGAAGCAUUUGUUGAUAUGAAGACUGACCCAGGAUUUGAAAAUAGU